AUGAUUCUUGAUAGACGUGCAAAACAGAGAGCUAAAGAGGCCGAACUGGCCCGACAGUCUCAAGAAGUUUAUAUCCCAGAAAUCAUCAAUGUAGCCAAUCUAUCGCGUGUUCUUGGUGUUCGCAUUGAGCAAAUUAUUCAAACAAUGGAAGAGUUAGAUAUGGGUAGUACAUCGCAUGAUCGCAUGCUCAAUUCAGACGAAUCUAGUUUGAUUGCUAUGCAGCUAGAUAUGAACCCUGUAGUAGACUCUCGGCAGUCGUUAGAUUUGUUUCCAAGACCUCCUACGGAAGACACUAGUAAAUUACCAGGAAGACCACCUAUAGUAACUAUUAUGGGUCACGUAGAUCACGGAAAGACAACCCUGCUAGACACUUUGCGACAGACAUCAGUAGCAGCAGGGGAAGCUGGUGGAAUUACUCAACAUAUCGGUGCCUUUUCUGUACAACUUCCCUCAAAGAAGCAAAUCACUUUCUUGGAUACACCUGGACACGCUGCAUUUUCUUCUAUGCGCGCCCGUGGCGCACAAGUUACUGAUAUUAUUGUCUUGGUGGUCGCAGCAGAUGAUGGAGUGAUGCCUCAGACACAGGAGGCGAUCCAGCAUGCUCACAAUUCAGGUGUUCCUCUUGUGGUAGCUAUCAAUAAAUGUGACAAACCGGGCGUAGACUCUUCAAAGGUUAAACAAGAACUUGCUCGCUACAAUGUUCACUUGGAAGAAAUCGGUGGCGAUGUUCCUUGUGUAGAGGUAUCUGGACUGACAGGUCUCAAUCUUGAUCAACUCGAAGAAACCAUUUCCACUUUAUCAGAAGUUCUGGAACUUAAGGCGGAGCGUAAUGCAGGCGCUGAAGGUGUAGUUAUUGAGUCGCAAAUGGAGAAGGGUCGUGGAAAUGUAGCUACUGUCCUGGUGAGAAGUGGUACACUCAAGGUUGGAUCUGUUGUUGUUGCUGGACAAACGUGGUGCAAAAUCAGAUCUAUGACAGAUCACACUGGCAAGAGUAUUAAGGAGGCUCUUCCUGGUACACCUGUUAAGGUUAUUGGUUGGAAGGAGGUACCACACGCUGGUGAUGAGAUGCUACCAUCUCCAGAUGAGAACACAGCAAAGACAGUGGUUGACAACCGUUUGGCACGUCAACAAAGAGAUCAGCAAUUACGUGAUUUGGAAGUAAUUAACGAUAAGCGUCGUGCUCAGCGGGAGCAGCUUGAACAGGAACCUACACAUACCUGUACAAACACAAAUUUGCCAAGAGAGAGUGAAUUAAAUUGUUUUGGUCACCCAGGUGAUGUUAGUGGCACAGUAGAGGCCGUUGUUGAUUGUCUUAACGGACUGCAGAAUAAGUUAAUCAAGGUCAAGGUGGUCCAGAGUGGCGUCGGAAAUAUCACAGAAGGUGAUGUACUGUUAGCAGCCGCAUGUGAGGGGCAGGUUAUCGGGUUUAAUGUAAAGGCAGACAAGAAGAUCCAAGCUGAGGCUUCUCGACAUGGAGUCAACGUUCGGUCUUACUCUGUGAUAUACAAAUUGCUUGAAGAGGUGAAGGACCAGUUGAGUGAUAUGCUCCCACCAAUUGUAACUACACAAGUAGUGGGAGAAGCAAGUAUCCUGCAAGUAUUUGAUAUUAGUACAAAGGGUCGCGAAACUAAGCCAGUGGCUGGUUGCCGAGUUACAAAUGGAGCAAUCAAUCGAAAUGGCCGGGUUAGAAUAGUGCGUAACAAAGAGACGAUCUGGGAAGGUGAACUGGACCAACUCCGUCAGGUAAAGAAAGAUAUUGCCGAAGCGAAAAAGGGUCUGGAGUGCGGAAUGUCCUUUGAAGGGUUCAAGGAGUUCCAGGCUGGUGAUAUAAUUCAAUGUAUCCAGGCAAUAGAAACCAAACAGCGAUUAUAGACUGGUAUUAUUUACAAUGAAAAUAAAACAUAAUAAAGUAAAAUAACAUAACAUAACAUAACAUAAAAUAAAAUAAAAAAUAAGACUUACUGCUU